GUGGGCGGGGCCUGGCGCGGCAUGGAGGCCGAGUUGGAGCUGGGCGAGGGUGCGCGACGGGGGGGUUCUGCGGUGGCAAAGAUGGGUCGACGAGCUCGCCAGGAUUCCUUUCCAGAUGAAAAUCAUCUCAGCAGGAAGAAUUCCUCUACAGCUUCAAUAGGCGAGGGCCCCCCGCCUAAACCUGCACGCCGGCAUGGAGGUUGGGCAGAGGAUCCUGUAAUGGCACCUUCCAAGUCAGGAAGGAAACACGCAGAAGAAGUAGAAGACCACCGCCUCAGGCAGCAAAGCUUGGAGGGAUCAGAUGAUGGUGGAGAUAUUCCAGUGAUACCUGACUUGGAGGAAGUGCAGGAAGAAGACCUUGCCAUGCAAGUAGCAGCACCACCCAGUAUCCAGGUGAACAGAGUGCUGACCUACCGUGACCUGGACAAUGACCUCAUGAAGUACGCUGCCUUCCAGACCCUGGAUGGAGAAACUGACCUGAAGCUCCUCACCAAAGUUUUGGCUCCUGAACAGGAAGUACGAGAGGAUGACAUCUGCUGGGACUGGGACCAUCUCUACACAGAGGUAUCCUCAGAACUUGUGAUGGAGUGGGACCUGGGGCAGUCUGAGAGGGAGGAGCCCCUCAGUCUGUCCUAGAACAGCAGAGUAUUGGCUGUCUAUCACUCCAGCCCUGCACCCUCCACUCCUGUAUAUAAUUAGCACUUGUUAUUUUUUAUCAACUGUUUUUCUUUGAGGAAGUAUUCCACAUAAACAAGGUGAAAGCUUGAUAGGGAAGUGAGCUUGAGAGGAGUCCUGUGUAUUUUUUUUUAAUAUGAAUAUUUGCUUUCAAAAUGCUAGAGUGAAUAAUUCCAAAUGCAAUAAAAUCAUUUAUCUAUGAAUGGUCA